AACUCGGCGAUGUAAUAUGUUCUAACAUGAUCUUAUCUUGCUGUUUUUUUCUUAGAACAAGAACAUAGACAUGGGUCGACGUAAGACAAAGCUAGCUUUGGAGCUGAUUCAGGACGACAAAGCUCGGAAGGUUACUUUUCGAAAGAGAAAGAAUGGAUUGUUUAAGAAGGCUUUUGAGUUAACCACCCUUUGUGAUGUGAAGGUGUGUACAAUCGUUUAUGAGAAGAAAUCCGAGGGCAAACUGGCCCCUCCUCAAACCUUCCCAGCGAAAUUUGAAGAGGUGAAGGAAAUCAUUGACAAGUACAAGUCCAAUUCAUCAAAGAUCAAGAAAGUUCAGAACUUGGCUGACUUUUAUGCCACCCAAACAAUGCAAGUUAAGAAAGAGAUUGUGAAACUACGCACUAAGAGUUAUGAAGAGAAGUAUCCUACAUGGGACGACCGUCUUAAUGAGUAUUCAUUGGACCAAAUGCACGAGCUUUUAAACAAUUUAGAGGCCAAAAUUCAAGCUGCCCACAGGAUACACAACAUGAUGAUGAUCGAUUCAAAGAAACCUGCGGUACAAGAUUAUAUACCCCCAAUGGUGAGUGAGUACCCUUUAAUUCUCAACUUUCUCUCUAACUCUUUUUCUUGA